AUGCCCGGCACCGGGCGGGCGGCAGGCGCGGCCAGGAUCACCGCGGGGGCUGCGAGCAGCGGCGCUGCCGGCCCUCCCCGCGCCGCCAGUGCCCCCCGGUGUCGCCGGUGUCCCCCGGUGUCCCCCCGGCCCCGCCGCCCCUACCGCGGUCCCCGCGCACUGCGGGGAAGCCCCGGCGGCGGCGGCCCCGCGCACGCGCACUGCGGCCGCACUGCGUCGCCGGUGCCGCCGCCGCCGGCCGGGCGCGCGCUGGGGGAGCCCCGCCGGCGGGGCCGCGCGGGCGGGGCCGGGGCGGGGCGGUGGCUCCGCCGGGGCCGCUAUUUAUGGCGCCCGGGGCUCCCCCGACCCCGCCGGCGCUCCCGCGGCGGUGCGCGCUGCGCCGGGGUUCCGUGCGGGGAGGGAGCCGCGGCCGCGCCAAGGGACAGCCCUAACGAGGGAUGCGAGAGCGGAGUGCCGAGCGCUGUCACUCGCUGUCGGUGGUGGCCGCGGACAUGUGGUACCCGCGGCUCUGUUUGUGUCCGUGACCCGCUCUCUGCCGCGCGGAGCCCGGGUCUGCCCCGGUGCGGGCUCCGCCGCUCUCGCUGGGAGCGGGCGGAGGCAGCAGGGCUCUCCCGGCAGGCCCGCUGGAAUCCCGGAGAUUCCCCUUUUCCGGGAGCGGGCAGCUCCCGCCCUGGGCGCGCUGCCAGCGCCCAGAAAACUCCUCCGCAUAGGGGCUGCCGAGCUGACCCCACGGACACAACCCCGGGGCCCGCCGGGCGCCCCCCGCUCCGCCCGCCCGGGCAGUGCCCGCGCGCUCCCGCGGCCCCGGGGGCGGGCGCGCGCCCGGCUGCGGCCUUGGCUCGGCGCCCCCCCCACCCGGAGCCGGAACCGCCAAAUAAGGAGCGGGAGCCUCCGCCGGAACCGGGACUUAUAAGGCCGUUCCCUUAUAUGGAAAGUGCGGCGGGGGUUUCCGGCAGCGCCGCCGCGGCCGGCGGGGGCCGGGGACCCCGCGCCCCGGGGCCGGCGGCGCGGCCGGGGCGCUGCGGCGGCGCUGCCCGUGGCCGGGGACAGCCCCGCACAGGGCGCGGGGCUCCCGGCGCGGGGCGGGCGGGGCCCCGGCCCGGCUUUCCCCGGUGCCAGGCUCUGACGCCAGGCGGGGUCCUCCAGGCCGCAUCCAUAUAAGGGCUUCCUGCUUCCCAUAUAUGGCCAUGUACGUCAUGGCCGGGGCGGUGCGCGGCCGGUGAGACCCGAUAUAUAGGGGCGGCGUUGGGCGGGCGGGGAGCCGAGCGCUUCCAGCGGGCACAGCCGGGGGGAGCCGCGGGCGGGCGGGCGGGGAGCCGAGCGCUUCCAGCGGGCAGCGCCGGGGCCACCGCGGCGCGGGGCGCACAGCAGGCGACGGCCGCCUCGCCGCAGCCGGCCCGUCCGCCGGCCCCGCGGCGGCAGCGCCAUCACCCGUCAGAGCCCGAGCCCCGCGCCCUCAUGGCCGCGGCCAAGGCGGAGAUGCAGCUCCUGCCCCCGCUGCAGAUCUCCGACCCCUUUGGCGCCUUCCCGCACUCGCCCCCCGCCAUGGACACUCACUACCCCAAGCUGGAGGAGAUGAUGCUGCUCGGCGGCGGGGGCCCGCAGUUCCUCGCCCCGCCCGGGGCGCCCGAGAGCGGGGGCUUCGGCGCCGCCGGGGAGCCCGGGGAGCAGCACUUCGAGCACCUGGCGGCAGACACUUUUCCCGAAAUCUCCCUGAACAACGAGAAAAGCCUGCCAGAAACCAGCUAUCCCAACCAAACGACGCGGCUGCCACCGAUAACCUACACGGGGCGCUUCUCCUUAGAGCCGGCCCCCAACAGCGGCAACACCUUAUGGCCAGAGCCUCUCUUCAGCCUCGUCAGUGGGCUGGUGGGCAUGGCUAAUGCACCUCCCACCUCGACGCCUACUUCAUCGUCACCAUCCUCCUCCUCUCAGAGCUCCCCACUGAGCUGCUCAGUCCAAGCCAGCGAGAACAGUCCAAUUUAUUCAGCUGCACCAACGUUUCCCAAUUCCAGCUCUGACAUUUUCCCUGAAUCGCAGACCCAGUCCUUCCCCAACCCCACUGGAGCCCCCAUCCAAUACCCACCUCCAGCUUAUCCGACUGCUAAAACCAACUUUCAGGUGCCAAUGAUCCCGGAUUACCUGUUCCCUCAGCAACAGGGAGAACUCAGUCUUGUUCCAGCUGAGCAGAAGCCCUUCCCAGCCCUCGAGACCAGAGCACAGCAGCCUUCCCUCACGCCACUGUCCACUAUUAAGGCAUUUGCUACUCAGACUGGCUCCCAGGAGUUGAAGACCCUCAACACUAACUAUCAGUCCCAGCUGAUCAAGCCCAGCAGGAUGAGGAAAUACCCAAACCGUCCCAGCAAGACCCCCCCUCACGAGCGACCCUACGCCUGCCCCGUGGAGUCCUGUGACCGGAGGUUUUCCCGAUCCGAUGAGCUGACACGGCACAUCCGCAUCCACACGGGACAGAAACCUUUCCAGUGCCGCAUCUGCAUGCGGAACUUCAGCAGGAGUGACCACUUGACCACGCACAUCCGCACACACACGGGGGAGAAGCCAUUUGCCUGUGACAUUUGUGGCAGAAAGUUUGCCAGGAGUGAUGAGAGGAAGAGGCACACUAAAAUCCACCUUAGGCAGAAGGACAAGAAAGUGGAAAAGGCAGCUCCAGUCUCAACUGCUUCCCCGAUUCCUGCCUAUUCAUCCUCUGUGACUACAUCCUACCCUUCCUCCAUCACCACCACUUAUCCCUCGCCAGUGCGCACAGUGUAUUCCUCUCCUGCUCCCUCUUCCUAUCCCUCCCCUGCACACACCACAUUCCCAUCCCCUUCUAUAGCAACCACUUAUCCCUCUGGCACUGCCACUUUUCAGACCCAAGUGGCCACCUCCUUCUCAUCUCCAGGGGUCACCAACAAUUUCAGCUCUCAGGUGACCUCAGCGCUUUCAGACAUGAACUCAGCCUUUUCUCCAAGGACAAUUGAGAUCUGCUGAGAUGACCUUCUGGAACAGGAGAAUUCACCUUUUCCAUUGGUGUUAUCAAUCAGACAUGGAGUCUCCAAUUACUCCCCCAACACCAUACGUUGCAAGGCUUUUUAACUUUAGUUUAAACUUCAGCUGCCUGAAACAACUGCUGCUUAAGUUUUCCACCUCUGUUGAAUGACUUAAUUUGCAUGGACUGUGGAUAUAAGUUCAAUAUAAUUUUCCCCGUAAACAAUAGUCUUUUAUUAGGAAGAAAGGACUUUUGAUUAAGUAUCUAGCUGAUGUAAAUUGUACAUGUGCCAUGGUUUUGCUUUCCUUUAGGUACUAUUGAUGUGGAAAAAAAAAUCUUCGCAUAUUCAUAUUGUAUUAUUUGGAGUUUGCAGGGCCAUAUUUUGUAAAUGUUAAUUCUAUUUCAGUGACAAUGCUAUAACGCGUUUCAAACUUCUUUGGGAACAGCACUUACUGUAUUUGAGCAUGUUAGAGUGAUGCUGUGUAAAUAUCAUCUGAUGAGACACUCACAUGUGGCAGAAGUUUUGUUUUAAAAGUUAAAAGUCUUGGUGCCUUUUUGUGAAGCCUUGCUGACGUCAUGCAUUUGUGUGAAUGGAUGCUUUGCAUCUUGCCUUAAAGUGAAAGGGAUGUUACUCAAAGAAUGUAAAGGAGAGCAGGGACUGAGUGGGGAGUGGAGCAGGAGAAAGGCCUGGGGGAUGGAAUGUAAGCAAAAAAAAAAAAAAAAAAAAAUCCCACACCUCUCAAAGUCUAUUUUUGUUACAAAAAUGUAAAUUUAUAUAUAUAUUCAGGAGUUGGAAUGUUGUAGUUACCUACUGAGUAGGCAGCAAUUUUUGUAUGUUAUGAACAUGCAGUUCAUUAUUUUGUGGUUUAUUUUUACUUUAUAAUUGUGUUUGUUAAAAUGAAAGUGACUGUUUGGCUUCUAAACACAUUGAAUGCGCUUUCCUGCCAAUGGGAUAUUUGGUGUACAAUACCCUUCAGAAAAAAAUAAAUAAAAUAUCAAGUCGUGCAGA